AUGGCAGAGUCUUUACAGGAUCCACUUAUUCAUGAGCAAAUGAAUGGAGAUGAAGGCAUUUUAUAUGAUAAAAGUGUGUCAUUGAUAUGUUCAGGAGAUUUAGUAAGGAGGAUUGCAGAUGAAUCAAAGAAAAUAUGGGCGAUUGCAGGGCCUACCAUAUUCAGUUGCAUGGCUCUGUAUGGGACAAACGUUGUGAGUCAGGCUUAUGCUGGACAUCUGGGGGAAUUGGAAUUGGCUGCCAUUGCCAUAGCCAUUACUGUCAUUGUGGGUUUCAACUAUGGUCUAUUUCUAGGCAUGGCAAGCGCCCUGCAGACCCUGUGUGGCCAGGCUUUUGGGGCUCGACAGUAUCAUAUGUUAGGAUUGUAUGUGCAGCGUGGAUGGAUUGUCCUCUUUGCUGUUGCAAUUCUUCUCUUACCAAUGUAUAUAUUUGCAACCCCCAUCUUGAAGAUCCUUGGACAGUCAGAUGAUAUUGCUGAAUUAACAGGAACACUCUCAAUCUGGCUCAUUCCUCAACAUUUCGCAUAUGUUUUCUACUUUCCAGCCCAGAGAUUUUUGCAGUCGCAGUUGAAGAACAUGGUCAUUGCGUGGAUCUGUGCAGCCUCUUUUGUGCUCCACGUUUUUCUGAGCUGGCUAUUUGUUAGUAAAUUUGAGAUGGGGUUAAUUGGUGUGGCAAUUACGUUGAAUUUAGCAUGGUGGAUACCCACAAUUGGCCUAAACCUUUAUGUCACCUGUGGGUUUUGCCCACUGACAUGGACAGGUCUGUCAAAAGAUGCAUUCUCAGACUUGUGGCCCUUUUUUAAGCUUUCUGCUGCAUCCGGUGUCAUGCUAUGUUUAGAGAGUUGGUAUUACAGAAUACUGGUCCUCUUAACAGGAAAUUUGCCAGAUUCAAAAGUUGCAAUCGAUUCUCUUUCAAUCUGCAUGAGCAUCAAUGGGUGGGAGAUGAUGAUACCACUUGGUUUUUUGGCUGCUACUGGUGUGAGAGUAGCCACUGAGCUGGGGGCUGGAAAUGGCAAAGGAGCCACAUUUGCAGUUAUUGUUUCUGCAACUACUUCAACCAUGAUAGGCCUUGUUUUUUGUUUGCUCAUACUUGUGCUUCGCCAGGAAUUUGCUCUGAUUUUCACAAGCAGUACCAUAAUUAUAGAUGCAGUUUCUAAACUGUCAAUUUUGCUGGGCUUUACUGUGCUCCUCAACAGUAUUCAGCUAGUGCUUUCAGGGGUCGCAGUGGGAUCAGGCUGGCAAUCUUAUGUUGCUUACAUCAAUAUUGGGUGUUACUAUGUGAUCGGUGUUCCGUUGGGUGUGAUGCUUGGUUGGCUGUUAAAACAGGGGGUUUUGGGGAUAUGGAUUGGAAUGAUAUGUGGGACAGCAGUUCAGACCAUUGUUCUGGUAAUUAUUGUGUAUCGGUGUGACUGGGACAGAGCGGCUGUUGAAGCCAUGGAUAGAGUCAAAAAAUGGUCUCCAGAGGAUUUGUCGUAA